AUGGGAGUCGCCAGCAACUCGCCCCUUGAUUUGCUGGGGGUUGUCCGCAUAAUCAUCGAGAGCGCGAUGAUCUACACCUUCCAGUUGCUCAUUCUCAUCAUCCUUUUCCCACUUCAUCACAACGCCCAGCUGAUCGUUCAAAGCGCUGUGAUCCCCAGUAUGGGAAUCGUGUUUGUAUUGAUCGCCGUACGAGUGCAAUUCUCGCGCUCGCGAACGCUCUUUGGCGAGACGGUCAUGGCCUCCAUGCCGACAUGGCUCAAUGAAGCAUCAAGCACGCGGGGAAAUGACGAAGGAGAGCGCCAGCAAAGCCCUCGACAUUCGACGGCUUUACAGAUGGUCAACACGGACGAUACCCAAGAAAAACGUGAGAGGGUUCUAUUAUCAUUCUUGCGGGAGCCUGGCCCGGAGAGUGUCAUAAGCCACAGCACGAGUGCUCCCUGA